AUGUCCUCUUACAUCCUAGGACUGACCGUGAAAGAUUUGUGCACACAAAGCGCCUUCGGGGACUUCUGCCGGCUGCAGGCCGCGUGGGAAGGACUCGGGGACACCGGGAAGCCGCGCAGUGGUGAUGGCUCCGGGUCUCCAGGCUGCCAACUCCCUGCUCGGCGCUUGCCUCUGCAACGCAGAGAAAAAGAGGCAGGAAGGCAUGCUCCAAGGACAACUGUAUUGCAGGAGGUGGUGACCUUCGAGGAUGUGGCUGUCAGCUUCACCGGUGAGGAGUGGGCUAUGCUGGAUCCAAUCCAGAAGAAGCUCUACAGAGAUGUGAUGCUGGAAACCUUUACGAACCUGGCUUCCGUAGGAAGGGACUCAGAUGACCAGCACGCUGAAGAUGAGUACAGAAAUUGCAGGAAACAUCUAAGAAGUGAAGAGGUAGAGCAGUCCUGGCAGUAUCAACUCUGGUAUCAACAAGGUGAAAUGGUUUCUCCGACACCUGACACAACUGUGCAAAUGAAAGUCGUUGGUAUAAAACCACAUGAAAGUGUUUCCAUCAUUACACCAAAUGAUGUGCAAAUUGGAGCAAGCAGUCACAGUGAAGUAAAUAUGUACAUAUGUGUAUCGUUGGGAAAGGAUUUUAAUUAUCACCAUGAUAGUCAGGCACAUGAAAAGCCUCACUUUAGAGAUAAAACCUGUGGACUUGAACAAUGUGGAAAAUCCUUCACUAACAAUUCAUUGGCUAAUGAUGAAAGAAGUCACUUGGCAGAAAAACCGUAUGUAUGUAAACAAUGUGGGAAAGCUUUCAGCAGAAGAGAUAGUUGGCGAAUGCAUGAAUGGAUUCACACUGGAGAAAAACCGUAUGUAUGUAACCAGUGUGGGAAAGCUUUCAGCAGAAAACAUAGCUGGCAAAUGCAUGAAUGGAUUCACACUGGAGAGAAACCCUAUGUAUGUAAGCAGUGUGGGAAAGCAUUCAGCAAAGGUAGUACUUACAGAAUUCAUGAGAGAAUUCACACUGGAGAGAAACCUUAUAUUUGUAACCAAUGUGGGAAAGCUUUCAGCACCCAAGAUAGUUGUCGAAUACAUGAAAGAACUCACACUGGGGAAAAACCCUAUGUAUGUAAGCAGUGUGGGAAAGCUUUCAGCAAAAGUAGUAGUUGUCGGAUUCAUGAAAGAAUUCACACUGGAGAAAAACCUUAUGUGUGUACCCAUUGUGGGAAAGCUUUCAGCACCCGUGAUCGCUGCCGAAUACAUGAAAGAAGUCACACUGGGGAGAAACCCUACAUAUGUAAUCAUUGUGGGAAAGCUUUCAGCACAAAAAGAAAUUGUCAAGUACAUGAAAGGAUUCACACUGCAGAGAAACCCUAUGUAUGUAAGCAGUGUGGCAAAGCUUUCAGCACACGUGGUGUAUGUCAAACUCAUGAAGCAACACAUACUGGGGAAAGACCCUAUGUAUGUAAUCAGUGUGGGAAGUCUUUCAGCAUGAAGCAUAACUGGCAAAUGCAUGAAUGGACUCACACUGGGGAGAAACCAUAUGUAUGUAAGAAAUGUGGGAAAGCUUUCACCACAAAAAGGAAUUGUCAAGUACAUGAAAGGACUCACACUGGAGAGAAACCCUAUGUAUGCAAGCAGUGUGGGAAAGCUUUCAACACAAGUGGUGUUUUUCAAAGGCAUGAAUGGACUCACACUGGAGAGAAACCCUAUAUAUGUAUACAGUGUGGGAAAGCUUUCAGAUCACACUCAAAUUGUCAAAGACAUGUACGAACUCACACAGGUGAGAAACCCUAUGUAUGUAAGCACUGUGGGAAAGCUUACAGCACAAACAAGGAUUGUAAAAUACAUGAAAGAAGCCACACGGGGGAGAAACCAUAUGUAUGUAAGGAAUGUGGAAAAGCUUUCAGCUCAAAUAAGUAUUGUAAAAAACAUGAAAGGAAUCACCCUGGGAACAAACAGUACGUGUGUAACCAAUGAGGAAAAAUUUUUGCUACCGAUGAUAGUUCUCAAAACCAUGAAAGGCACACUAUGGGGAAAUCCAGUGUAUGUAAGCAGUGUGGGAAAGUUUUCACCAAACUGAAUUCAUGAAAGAAUUCACAGUGGAGAGAACCUUACGUGUGUAAGCAAUUCAGGGAAGCUUUCAGUACACGCAGUGUUUGUCAAACUCCUGAAGUGACUCACUGGGGAGAGACCCUACAUAUGUAGCCAGUGUAGGAAGUCUUUUAGCGUGAGAUAAUUGGCAAAUACAUAAAAUGACCCCCACUUGGGAGGAACCCUAUGUAUGCAAGCAAUGUGGGAAGCAGGAAUUAUCAAGUACAUGAAAGGGCUCGCCCUGGGGAGAAACCAUAUAUAGGUACACAGUGUGGGAAAGAUCAGAGUUCACACUCGAAUUGGCAAAGAUAUGUAUGGACUCACAGGGGAGAAACAUUAUGUACAUAAACAGUGUGGAGAAGUUCACAGUGCAAACAAGGAUUUUAAAACACAUGAAAGAAGCCACACUGGGGAGAAACCCUAUGUAUGUAAGUAGUGUGGGAAAGCUUCAUGGUAGUUACUAAAAUCCUGACAGAAUUCACACUCCAGAGAAACCCUAUGUAUGCAAGAAAUGUGAGAAAACUUUGAGCAGGCCAAAUAGUUGUUAGGAACAUAAAAGAUCCAACAGAGGACACAGCCAGCACUAUAAGCAAUGUGAGAAAACUUUCAGAUCACAGAAAGAUUGCAAACGACAUUCAUGAAUUCACACCGGGAGAAAAACUAUAGGUAAUGUAGGCAAACCACACGCAGAGAUGGCCUGGGCAUGAAAGAACUCGUACUGCAGGUGAAAUCCUGCGUGUGUAAAUAACAGGAGCAAACUUCACCACACAGUGUGUUUGUGAAACACGGGAAAGAAAUCAGCGUGCAGUGUAAACCUGUGUACUUAGCCAGUGUGGGAGGCGGUGAGCUCCCACGGUCUUUAUCAAAGUCGUGAAGGGCACACUGUUGGAACGCUGUGUAUGUAAGCAGUGCGUGUGUGCGCAAGUACACAGAGGUGUUGGGGAAUACAUGAAAUAAACUACACGUGGGAGAAAGUCUGCAGACACAGGAAAAUUCUGUGCCGAGAGCAGUGUGCAUGGUAACAAGGAGAGUACCUGCCUCGCUGUGUGAAUUCACUUAGACGUGGAUCAGACUGAGGAGAACCUUUCCUUACAAGUGUUGUAAAGCCUCUGUCCACACAGGUAUCAGUACACACAGGGAUUGAUAAUGAAGAGGUCGGAACACGUAAGCAACGUGGGGUUUUGUUUUGUUUUUUGUACCAGGAAUCGAACUCAGGACCAUGCGCUUGCAAGGCAGGUGCUUAUGCCGCUGAGCUACAUCCCUGGCCAGUGUGGGGGGUUUUUCAAUUAACAGAAAUUCAUGAAUUACAUAUACGGGAAACCCUUCAGUUCUUGCAAUACAUGAACAUGCUCCCACUAAAGAGCCAUCCCAUCUAAGUGUGCCAUGCCCAUGACAUCAGAAACUGGAAGCUCAUGAGCGUUAGUGUGAUCAUGGAGCGUGAGGAAUCCCCAUUUUUGCACUGCUUUCCAUGAAUCGUGGCAUUGCACAGAGGAAGCGUGUGUGAAUGUGUGUAACACGGGCACCUGUGGUCAUUUCAUCUUAGUUUAUCUGGCAAACAGUAUUGUGGGGACCAGUGAUAGAAAAGCUUUGCACGUGUGAUGAGUUGUCCUGCAUUUAAGGGCACUACGUCAAAACCCUGUGAGUGUACGAGGUCUCGGUUAUAACAUGUUUUUUCAGAUCCUUUGUUCACUUUUUAUAUAAUUUAAACAUAGAAAAAUGAGUUGUGUAAAAAUGAGACAUCAAAUGUUUCUGCAGAAAAUACUGCAGGAGAUAUGCUGACGUGUAAAUACUGUAAGCUUGUCUCUUAAAUAGCCCUCUGUAUUAAAUGCUUUUAAGUAUAAAUAUAGCUAGGCAAUACAGCUCAGCAGCGCGGUGCCUGCCUGGCAAGUGCUGGGUUCUGAGCUUGAUUCCAAGUAGCAAGAAAACAAUAAAAACAGUUAACAUAGUCGAGAGCAGUGGCACGCCUCAGUCCCAGCACUGGGGAGGCUGAGGCAGGAGGGUAGUUGUGGGUUUCAUGCCAGCCUGGGGUACAUAGCGAAGCACUCUCUCAAAAAUAAGAAACACAAACAAAUGCUCACAUAAUUCUGCAUAUUCUUGUGAUCACAGUUUUUAAAAUAUUGUAUUUAAACUGUGAUCACAGUUUUUAAAAUAUUGUCUCAAGGUACAUAACAAUUAACUUCAUUUGCACUACAUUAGAUCGUAAGGUGAAGAGACUUGUAUUUCUUAUGUGAUGCUAGGCUUAGUAUUUUUAGGUUAUAUUUGUUUAAUCUUUCUUUCUGGGGUUUAGUAAUUGCGAUGUAACAUGACUCAAAGCGGAAUUUCCCUUAACUGUUCCCAUUUUCCCUUUAGUUGUAUUUAAAACGUUACCGCACACAGUCCAUUAUUCUACCAAUAAAUUUGUAACUGGUUGUCAUAUUUUAUUAUUUUAUGACUAGUAAUUUCUGUACCUGUGCUUAAGUGGUCAUCUGUUUUCAGUGUGUAAAUUAACAAAUACCACGUUUUUAGUGUUUUAAGAUAUUUGUACAUAUCCCAGUAAAGUUGCAAAUUACACACAGUGUAUGAUUUUUCAUGGUUUCUUCAUGAGAACCAUUAAUAUGAUGUGUGUACUGUAUUGCUUGUUUCUGUCAUUAAAUUUCACUUUUGAUUCUCA